AGUUGGAACUUUGUUGAACUGAUCCAAAACAAUGGCUGUUUUUGCUUGUGGUUGUUUGAAUGUAAAAAUUCACACCAAAGAGUUCAAGAAGGCAGAGGAUGAAUUCUCUUCCGAAGACGAUCAGCUGUUUUUGGGGAAAAACGUCAUUGAAGCUGUGCUUGACAGUUCUGGAGUAACCAUGGAACAUGGCUACUUGGUGCACUGUCGUGUGGUAGCCGACUGGACGACGUUCCUGUGUCUCAACUGUAACAUGCAGACUCACGCAGUUCAGCCCGGGUCGACAAGUGUGCUCAUUAACUCGGCCCUUGAGUCCGACCAGGCCGUCCUCGACAGACUGACACGGUCCUCCGACUUCUCCUCCGUGUUCAGAAUAGUGCUGCAGAACCCAGGAUCCGACUUCGCUUCUUCCUUACCAGACCCACGAUCUCACACGUACGAAUGUCUCCAGUCUCUCUUCACUAAGAUCCAGCAGCAGCUCAACAUUUUCCUUCUUCAGGAAGAGUCAGCCAUGGAGGACAGAAUCAGACAGUUUGAACAAGAGCAGAAGGCAGCAUUCCAGGAGCUGCAGAACACAGCGAAAUCGGACAAGAGAAAGAUGAUCAGUGCUUUAAUAUUGGCAAAUCAGGCUAGAACGGGAGCAGCUGUGGAUGGAAAAGAUGAUCUGGAGCAAGAAAGCCGAGACAAGAAUAGAGAUCUGAAAGUAACGCGGUCGGGGCCCAUGGAAACCCCCAAAUCUCAAACUCGCUGUAACAUUAUGCGGUCGUUCAGUAAUUAUGAACAAAGUCCAGAUGCGGAAGCUAUGUUCUACCUUGAUGAGCUGGAGCCGGAGUUGGAAGCUCCAUUCUACGACUCUGACGAAGAAGAUAAAGCAAAGCCUCUUGAUGACAAGUCUGCUGCGACAUGCUCCCACCAACAGCUGAUGUACUCUUCCUCAGUCCCAAUCUCGGUUCCCAUGUGGAAAAACCGGUCAAGCAGCACAUAUGAUGAAGAUGACCAUGACCACACCCCAUCGAAUCCAGACCAGAUAGCAGCUAACAUGCAAGCACUGGCACAGAGUAUUACAGACAAUGGAAGAUACAUCUUUGGCGAACGCCCCCGUCCACGACUCAACACAGGCGACUUCAUGACAUUAAAGCGCUGAGGUCACUGUGUCAACAAUCACUUGACCAUGACAUUGCAGCAGUUGACAUUAUUUUUGUAUUGAGAGUGCUUUAAGAGGAAGAGCUGCCAAAAAUAUGAUCUUGAAAUGAAAAUGGCAACACUGAGUUUCAGCAUUAAAACUGGUUGUUUCCCCUGACAUGUUCUCUGCCAGGAGGUUACUACUAACUACAGCAAUAUUUUGGGGGAUGUUGGCAUCAUCCAGUCUGUACAGAUUUAAUAUGUUUGUUGUUACUUCACUCCAUCACAUUAUGGUUGUUAAUAAGACAUUUUACAUUUUUUAAUUCCUUAAUUCAUCUUCACAUCACAUUUUGAGUAGUUUAUGGCUGAUAUUGGCCAAUUAAGUGAUAGACAGAACUUAUUCACUAGUCAUUUAAUGGAUUUAAAAUAUGAUAAAGUUAAUUCCAACAUAUAGCAAAUGAUGUCAUACGUGUAGAAUUGUUAACAGAAUUCUUCCUUUUUGUUGUCUGAUCGAUCAUUGAUAGAUUUUAAACAGACCACCUCAGAGAUCAUGACAUGCUAAUUAUUAAAUGGUACGUAUUUUGUUUUCACAUGUGCAGUAUUGUUAUCUUCCAUAUGUUAGUAAUCGGGCCGACUGAAAUCAGAUCUUAUGAUCCACUUUACUCUGCUGCUUGAAAUGUGACACUGAAUCUGAGAAAGCCGAUCGUAUCCAGGUGGUAGUUUCAUCAGUUAAUAGUUUGACCUGUUAAUUCGAGUUGCUUGUAAAAUCUGCUUCCCAUUAUCAAGAGGCUAGAUGUAGUUCUGUGGUAGAGCACUUGUUUGACAUGCAGUGGGUCGUGUAAAAUCUGCUUCCCAUUAUCAAGAGGCUAGAUGUAGUUCUGUGGUAGAGCACUUGUUUGACGUGCAGUGGGUCGUGUAAAAUCUGCUUCCCAUUAUCAAGAGGCUAGAUGUAGUUCUGUGGUAGAGCACUUGUUUGAUGUGCAGUGGGUUGUGUAAAAUCUGCUUCCCAUUAUCAAGAGGCUGGAUGUAGUUCUGUGGUAGAGCACUUGUUUGACGUGCAGUGGAUCGUGUAAAAUCUGCUUCCCAUUAUCAAGAGCCUGGAUGUAGUUCUGUGGUAGAGCACUUGUUUGACGUGCAGUGGAUCGUGUAAAAUCUGCUUCCCAUUAUCAAGAGGCUGGAUUCUGUGGUAGAGCACUUGUUUGACGUGCAGUGGAUCGUGUAAAAUCUGCUUCCCAUUAUCAAGAGGCUGGAUUCUGUGGUAGAGCACUUGUUUGACGUGCAGUGGAUUGUGUAAAAUCUGCUUCCCAUUAUCAAGAGCCUGGAUGUAGUUCUGUGGUAGAGCACUUGUUUGAUGUGCAGUGGGUUGUGUAAAAUCUGCUUCCCAUUAUCAAGAGCCUGGAUGUAGUUCUAUGGUAGAGCACUUGUUUGACGUGCAGUGGGUCGUGUAAAAUCUGCUUCCCAUUAUCAAGAGGCUAGAUGUAGUUCUGUGGUUGAGCACUUGUUUGAGAUGCAGUGGGUCGUGGGAUCUUUACCCCUCGGUGGACCUUAUUGUUUUUUCUCAACAUUGGUACAUCAUUAUGUUUAUAGGAAACUGCAUGUGAAAGAUUCAUUUACUGCUAUUUGGUAAGAGUAGCUUAUGUGGCAGCAGAACGUUUCCUCUUUCACACUCUAGACCUGACGUAGAAAUAACCAGGUCAGACAUCAAACAACUACAGUUUCAAAUAUGCUGACCUGGAGCCUAAUUCAUAAAGGUCUCUUAGGCUCUGCUAAACAACAAAGCAUCCUCUUUGCAAGUCUUUUUGCAUUGCACUGCGAGAUCGCAGAUUUGCGAGAGUUUAGUGAACUAGGCCCCUGGUGCUUAUGGCUUGAAAAAUGAAUGGUGAGCAAUAAAAUGCUCUCCUAAACUUUUGUAGGAGAGCAAUUGAUCUCAGUGUCAAAUUCGCAAUAAUUUUAAGUAAAAUAAAUUAGAGAUAUUGGCGUAUGAUUAGGUGAGCAGUUUUUGGCCCAUGCAGAAUUUGUGAGAUCAGUUGUUCAUAUCAUACCAUAAGGACUGUUGUUAAAAAAUAAUUCUGUAUUUCUGCAUGCAUCCAGCUGCUGGCAUUGUGUGUGUGUCUGUGUCUGUGUGCAUCUGUGUGUCUGUGUGAGAGUGUGUGAGUCUGUGUGAGAGUGCGAGUGUGUGUGUGUCUGUGUGUGUAUGUGUCUGUGCGUGUGAGUGUG